UGUGCGAGCUUAUUUAGUCAUCGUAACGUUGUUAUAUAAAAUCUUCACCUCCAGUUCCGGGCUUUCCGGUCUGUUUAUUAUUCCCGCCACUCUUCUUGAUUUCAAAUGCCCAUACUGCGCCAUGGGAGCACUGAGUAAGGGAUGCGAAUCCUGCAAACGAAAGAAGGUCAAAUGUGACGAGACACGUCCACUGUGUAAUCGGUGCCGUAAGGCAGGCAUCGAGUGCCCUGGUUACAACCGACGGCUUAGAUUUGUGGAUGACUCCCCGCAUCGAACGCUCCAUAGCUACCGCUCAUGUACAGUUUCACGAAUUCGCAGAAGCAACAAGGAAUUCUCACUUGGCAUCUCCUUCGAGUCGAAUUAGUCGCCCCCCGCGUCUUAAUCCCGCCACUUUAGUUACAAACACGUUACCAUUGACGGCAUUUAAGGAUGAUAUAUUCAUCUCCUAUUUAUAUUCCAAAUUAUUCGACUCGAAUGCUCUCGGUGAUCGGUGUGGGUUGCCGGCAGACUGGGUUCUCGAGCUAGCCAAUAACCCUCAGAAGUCACGCUAUAAGUCAUGGGAUGCUUUGGCCGCUAUUGUGUUUGGGCAAGCUCACCAGUGCAAAGAUGUGAUACUAACUUCAAAGGAGCUGUAUCAGCAAGCAUUGUCAGAGCUCAGAUGUGUACUUUCAAAUGCUAGCGAUCGUUGCACGGAUAGUACAGUAGCGUCUAUGACAGCUCUUUGCAAGUAUGAUAGACUACUGUCUGCGACGGGUGGAUAUUGGGUGCUACACGUAGAUGGCCUUAAAGCCCUUUUAGAGUCGAGAGGCCCAUGGCAGCAAAAGUCUUACGCGAGCAAGACCAUCUUUCUAGAGCAUCGAAUUAUGCUAGUUACGGAAGCAAUUAUUACCAGCCGGAGCACAUUUCUUCGUUGCCCACUUUGGAAAACGGUUCCGUGGGAAGACGACCCGGCAUCGAAAUCACCCAUUGAUUAUCUGGUUGAUAUCGGGGCUGAUAUUACGGAAUAUAUUGCUCAGGCAAAGAUAUUUAACAGCAAAUGCAACCAGGGGGCUGAAAACACCAAUCUUAAAUUUCAGGUUGCUAGUUCUCUUGAAGAAUUAAAUACAUGGUGGCACCACUGGGAAGCGGAGCAGACUGAGCCUGCCUCAGAACUAACAUCACAUCAGGAUACCAACGAGUCAAUUUUUCAUACGCUUCUGGAGUAUGACACGUUGUGGACAGCAUUUACGGUUUGCUACUAUGAUGCAAUUCGAAUUUUGCUAUUACAGUUGUGGUAUAUUCUCCGGCCAUUCCCUGGCCCAAAAAUCAUUCUAGAUGAGCCAAACCGAACAGCAUUGCUCGGCAUAACAUCCAACAGCAAACGACUUGCUCGUGAGAUUCUGCGGUCUCUAAAAUAUUGCUAUCGAAAAUCACAGCGCUUCAUAUACACUUCCAGCUUCUUGUUUAUCCAAGACGUAGCAUACGGGUGUUUUUACCAGGGCUCGAAAGAGGCUGCGUGGGCUGGGCGACACAGCUGGGCUGAGCUUGGGAGUUUUGAUAAUAUCGAGGAGGCAAAUAUUUUGAGAAAACUGCUACCUCUGGGCAAUCUAAAAGUUAGAAACUAGAAAUCUAUACAAAUCACAAAGUACAGCACAUGAACCCGCAACUACAUUCUAUCAUGACCAGUUCCCCCUAAUAAUAUCAAACCGCCUCCAAAGAUAUCUUGGAGAAGUCGGCGGGAUCCAAGACAGGCUCCAUCUUGCCAAAGGAGUAGACUCCGA